UUAGUAUACGGAAACCACGUGGUUGCAUUAUUUCAAUAUGGAGGAUAAUCUUGUUCUUUCUUCAGUGCACAUUGGAGCUAAUUCCAGAGCUCAUAUUGGUCAAUCUACAGUUACAUCAGAAUUUCAUUAUUACUUGCCCCAAAGUACUUGUAGUGACUUGACUGACUUGGUCCUUGUUUCUGAUGAAGAUGGUGACCUUGAUGUGCCACGUAGAUCUACUGAGCAUAAAGUCAUCACAUUAAGUCAUACCAUGGCCACGCCACUGAAUAAUGUUGGUACACAGCUGUGGAGUGCUUCAUUAUUAAUGGCUGACUACAUACUAUCAUACAAAGAGAUGUUUCACGAUGCUAUAGUCGUUGAGUUAGGCAGUGGAUGUGGUUUCAUUGGUACUGUUGCUGCCUCUUGUGUCAGUCAUUUCUUUUGUACAGACACAGGUACAUCAGUCUUAAGGCUUUGUCAUCAAAAUUUAGUCCAGAAUAAUGUAACUAAUAAUGUAUCAGUCCAUGAGCUGGAUUGGUUUAACUGUGAGAAGGAUCUGCAGGAUUCAUCUUCAUCAUUAUGCAGUAGUGGAAUGGAAGAGGGGGAUAGAUACAAGUGGAAUCAUAGUGAGCUUGAGUUACUUAGAAAGACAUCUAUCAUACUAGCAAGUGAUGUGAUAUAUGAUAAUGAACUAACUGAUGCUUUCAUUUCUACACUUGUUUAUCUAUCCACUGUCAUCAUGGAGUCUACUCCUUUAAUUAUUAUUAGCAUGGAAAAGAGGAUAAAUUUCACACUUUCUGAUCUUGCUCCUUCAAGUCCGUGCUACGAGUAUUUCUGCUCCUCCCUAGCACAAUCCUACGAAGCAUCAAAUGAAAUGAAGAUUACCUUUGAUGUGACUCCUCUUUCAACAGACUUCCCACAGUUAUUUAAAUAUGAGAGAGUCAAAGAAUUAGAAAUAUGGAAGAUUAAGGUAAAGAAAACAUAACAAGACAAUAACAGAUUACACUAUUAAUAUUUAAGAGUCAUUUUUUAUCUGUUUUAUGUACAUUUACCAGUUUCUGAAACACCUGCAUGAAA